CACAACUCUGAGGCAGUAGAGGGGUAUCUUGAGAAGAGGGGUGGAUUGGGGUCAUUUCCGUGCUGUCAGCAUUAAUGGGUCAUCUCUGUAAUCUCUAGCAGUAAACGUGAGAGAGAGAAAAAGAAAGUGAAACAACUCGACACAUUUCCAGCCACCCUUUAAACCCAAAAGAAAAUAAAAAGAACAACUCUUUCUUUCUUUCAGAGCAUAAUAGAGAAAAAGAGGGGUUGAGCGUGAAGAGCAUAGAUCCAAAAACUCCAAAUUUUAGAGAGAGAAAGAGAGAGAGUCAGUCAGUCACAGUCAUUCUUUGGUCAUUAUUAGUUUAUUACCAACUCCCACCAUUCCCUCUUUAGAUUUGCCUUUCUUUAACAACUCAACCAUAGUUCUUCAAGAAUAGUCAAAUUUGCUUGAUUUUCAGCUUUCUUGGUGUUUUUUUUCUCAGUUGGUGGAUUUGAGCUCCAUGAAAACCCUCUUUUGAAUCUGGCAAAUGGUUGGUGAUUUGAGGAAAUUGGGGGUUUUAGCCAUUUAAGGUAGUGUUAGUUGGGGAGUAGUUCAGAUUUGACAUUUGAUUGACCUUGGCUUCAGAUUUGAGAGUUUAUUUGAUUUUUGGCAAUAAUCUUAGGUGCCUUGAAAGUUCAUAGUUGAGUGAAUUCAAUGAAAAGCAUUGAUCUUUAAGUGACUAUAUUUAGAUUGGCUUCUUCGAGCUCAGUUUAUUUGAUUGCUGCUUGGAAAUGGAGGAAGCAGUGGUUUAGGUAUUGAAUCCACUGGAGGAUAGAGGGGAAGGGAGGUGAAUACUGAGAAUCAAUGGAAGAUUUGUCCAAAUAUGCUCAUAGUCCAGUCCAUCUAGCUGUUCUCCGUCGAGAUUAUGCGGGUCUAAAGCGUGUAAUUUCAUCCCUUCCUAAAUUAGCUAAGGCUGGAGAGGUUACUACUGAGGAUGAGUCCCUUGCUGCUGAGCGUCAGGCUGAUGAGUUUUCAGCUGCGGUUGAUCGACGUGAUGUUCCAGGCCGGGAGACUCCACUGCAUCUUGCAGUGCGUUUGAGGGAUCCAAUAUCGGCAGAAAUUUUGAUGGCUGCUGGUGCUGACUGGAGUUUGCAGAAUGAUAAUGGAUGGAAUGCUCUCCAGGAAGCUGUUUGCACUAGAGAGGAGCAAAUUGCUAUGAUUAUUGCGAGGCACUACCAACCUCUUGCUUGGGCUAAAUGGUGCCGUAGACUUCCCCGAAUUGUUGCCUCAGCAUCUAGGAUUCGUGAUUUCUACAUGGAGAUAUCAUUCCACUUUGAGAGUUCCGUCAUUCCUUUCAUUGGCCGGAUUGCCCCGUCAGAUACUUAUCGUAUUUGGAAACGUGGGUCUAACCUUCGUGCUGACAUGACUCUUGCGGGUUUUGAUGGGUUUCGUAUUCAACGGUCUGACCAAACAUUUUUAUUUCUUGGAGAUGGCUACACAUCAGAGGAUGGUAAGGUGUCUUUGCCUUUCGGCUCAUUAAUUGUCCUUGCUCACAAGGAGAAAGAAAUCACCAAUGCAUUGGAAGGAGCAGGUGCUCAACCCUCAGAAACUGAAGUUGCCCAUGAAGUGGCGUUGAUGUCUCAAACUAACACAUACAGACCAGGUAUCGAUGUCACACAGGCUGAGCUUGUGCCUCACUUGAACUGGAGGCGGCAGGAGAGAACUGAGAUGGUUGGAAAUUGGAAGGCUAAAGUGUAUGACAUGCUUCACGUUAUGGUGAGUGUCAAAUCAAGAAGAGUUCCUGGUGCUUUGACAGAUGAGGAGCUCUUUGCUGUUGAUGAUGAAGAUAAGCUUGCUAAUGGGGUUGAACAUGAUGAUUUUGAUGAGAUAUUAACUGCUGAAGAAAGAAAGCAGUUAGAUUCUGCUCUUCGUAUGGGAAAUACCGAGGGUCUUGGUGAGGAUGAUGAUCAUGGUGAUGCUGACUGCCACGAAAAUGGGUUGGGUGUCACUCUCGAAAAUGGUGAGUCAAAUGGCAAUGGUAAAGAGAAGAAAGGUUGGUUUGGCUGGAAUAAGAAGGGUUCCAGAAGUGCAAAUGAUGAGGCUGAGGAUGCAAAAGCACUGAAGAAGUUCUCAAAGCUUGCGCCUGAAGGGGUCAACCAAAAAGGUGCUGAUUCCCAAAAGGAUGAUGCAGGUGAUGUAAAGAAGGGAAAAGAUAAAAACAGUAAGAAGAAAAAGAAGAAAGGGAUCACCACAGAGUCUAGGCAUGAGAGUGAAUACAAGAAGGGUUUGAGACCCGUUUUAUUUUUGACACCAGAUUUCCCAUUGAAAACCGAGGAGCUUUUGCCAUUGCUAGAUAUAUUAGCGAAUAAGGUCAAGGCUGUUAGGAGACUUCGAGAGCUUUUAACCACUAAGCUACCUUCAGGGACAUUCCCUGUCAAGGUUGCGAUUCCAAUUGUCCCAACAAUUAGAGUAGUUGUCACAUUCACAAAAUUUGAGGAGCUACAACCAAUAGAAGAGUUCUCAACUCCUCUUUCUAGUCCAGCUCAUUUUCAAGACUCGAAAUCUAAAGACUCAGAGGGUUCUACCUCAUGGAUCUCAUGGAUGAGAGGGAGUCGUGGUGGGCAAUCAAGUGACGGUGAGAGCCAAAGUCAUCGGUAUAGAGAUGAGGUUGAUCCUUUCAGUAUACCGUCAGACUACACUUGGGUUGAUGCCAAUGAGAAGAAACGUAGAAUGAAAGCUAGGAAGGCUAAGAGCAAGAAAAACCGUAGACCGGCAGCACCCAAAAACGGGGAUGUUGGACAUCACUUGAGUGAGGAAGUGGAAUAAUUGCUGGAAUAAAUUAUCCGAUGACUCCUGUUCUAGGUGAUGGUAUAAAUCUCGCUUCUGCGUGUCCGAAACUUAAUACAGGUCAUGCUGAGAGAGAAGGAUGAAGGUGUUCCUUCAUGCUGUUGUGUUCUGUUAUGUGAUGUGAAAUUUAUCAAUUAGAAGCUGCCAUGUUUUUGUUCUAGCCUUUUUUUUUCCUCCCUUAGACCAGCUUUAUGUAUCUAUUAAUUUUUUUAAUCUCAUUCACGAAAUUAUUUGUUUGUUCUUUCUGUUUUAUCAAUGUUGAAGUGCUGAGUGUUGGUACA